AAACUGAACAACCGACGCCUUCACAAAACAAAUUGCAUACAAUUUACGCCGCCUUUGCUUGAUGCCGGUUUUAACUUGGUCUGACUUUAAAAGCUGCCGUCGCACAACGUCAAGUGAUGUUUCCGAAAGAGAGAUUUGCACGUCGACAUUUGGGGAUGCGGUGUUCUUCCCAUGUCAAUGACAAUGUGCAUUUUUGUUGUGGUGUGAUCGUGUGCCUCGGGGACCCAGGUGUGUAUGAGUUCAGAGCCCCGGAGUCUCUGGAUCCCGGCUCUGUCGUGGGGGUGAUCCAAGCCGUGGACGCUGACAUCGGGGAAAACGCCGCCAUGGACUACCGCAUCAGCAGCAGCGAUGGGGCGGGCAUGUUCGACAUCCACACCAACAGGAGCACGCAGGAGGGUGUCAUCACCCUCCGGAAGCCUCUGGACUUUGAGAAGAAGAGGACAUACAGCAUGAGGGUGGAGGUGGAGAACGUCUACCUGAACCCCCGCUUCCACACCAUGGGCCCCUUCAGGGACGAGGUCGCCGUCAAGCUGUUCGUGGAGGACGUGGAUGAGCCGCCCGUUUUCGAGCGAGCCAGCUACGUCGUGGAGGUGAAGGAGGACGCGCCCGCCGGCGUCGCCAUCGGCUCAGUGAGCGCCGCAGACCCCGACGGCAGCCGCAGUCCUGUCAGGUACUCCAUCGACCGGCGCACAGACAUGGACCGGGUGUUUAACGUGCACUCAGGCAAUGGCUCCGUGUUCACGUUGAAAAGUCUGGACCGGGAGGAGAACGCCUGGCACAACAUCUCCAUUGUGGCCACCGAGUUUAACAACCCUCGGCAGGUGAGCCGCGUGCCGGUGUACAUCAGAGUGCUUGAUGUCAACGACAAUGCGCCAGCAUUCGAGAGCCUGUACGAUGCAUUUGUGUGCGAAAAUGCCAAGGCCAACCAGGUGAUCCAGACAGUGAGUGCCACAGACCCUGAUGAGCCCAUAGGGGGACACCGCUUCUUCUUCAGUCUAGCCCAAGAGGUUUCUGGGAAAGCCAACUUCUCAGUCCGUGACAACAAAGAUAACUCGGCCUCUAUCCUGACGCGCAGGAGCAGCUACAGCAGCCUGCAGCAGACCACCUACCUGGUGCCCGUGGUGAUCUCGGACGGAGACUUCCCCAUGCAGAGCAGCACCAACACGCUGACGGUGCGCGUGUGCACCUGCGACCGCGAGGGCAACAUGAAGCUGUGCAACGCAGAGGCUCUGACGGGGAGGGCGGGGCUUAGCACCGGCGCCCUGGUCGCCAUCCUGCUCUGUGUCAUCAUCCUGCUCAUGAUCGUGGUGCUGUUUGCCUCCCUGAAGAGGCAGAGGAAGAAGGAGCCUCUGAUCAUCUCCAAAGAGGACGUGAGAGACAACGUCGUCAGCUACAACGAUGAAGGGGGCGGAGAGGAGGACACUCAGGCCUUCGACAUCGGCACGCUGCGCAACCCGGAGGCCAUCGAGGACAGCAAGCAGCGGCGAGACAUCGUCCCCGAGGCUUUCUACCCCGCCGUCCGCAGGCCCGUCCUCCCGCCGCCGGCGCAGCGGGACAACGGCGACGUCCGGGACUUCAUCAACCAGAGGCUCCAGGACAACGACACCGACCCCACGGCACCGCCCUACGACUCCCUCGCCACUUACGCCUACGAGGGGAACGGCUCGGUGGCCGAAUCGCUGAGCUCGCUGGAGUCGGUCACCACCGAGGGGGACCAGGACUACAACUACCUGAGCGAAUGGGGGCCGCGCUUUAAGAAACUGGCCGACAUGUACGGCGGGGAGGAUAGUGAUAGGGAUUCCUAACGAGAAACCGGCGGGGAAAACAGGAAGGAGGAAAUGUCAAACAAACACGACACAGAUAAAACGGUGAGCCUGUGUGCCAUGCACCAAGCAACGCUAAAGACAGGAGAGGACACAGAUUUCGACGUGUUUGUCAAAGUGCUCUUUUUACCGUCGUCCAUGGGGUAUGGGCCGGCUUUCUGGUGGGGGGGGUGGGGGGUGGGGAGGGGGUCUCUCUGAGAUGGAAGGAGGCGGGAUUCUGUGUAUAUGGGUAUCUGCAAGGCCCAAAUAUAUCUAUAUAUACAAAAAUGUCUUUUUCAAAAGCUGCCUGUGCUGGAGGAAGAGCAAGCCGUUUGUGUGACCUGGCGGAUAAGGCAGAUCUGUAUUUUUUCCGUGUUUCUGAGACUAAAAUAAAUGCUGCAUAUUGUGAGUUCUCUCUUAGCUUGUGUACGUACUGUAAUACAAGACAAUACGCUGUACAGUUUUUGUUUUUAGAGGAUUCAUGUCAUCCAUGAAACCCCGUUUUUCAAAGCACUGAAGGUGUCUCACCAUUCUCACAAACUCAUACUGAAGUACUGUAAUGGUUGAGUCCAUCUGAAUCCGACAGACUCAAUGAGAUCAUGAGAUCAACACAAGGCAAUGGUGCGAAAACACAUUGCUUUAUUCAAGAGUUCACUAAACCAAACACUCAGUCUCUGAAUAAACAUUGUAAGUAUUCUAUCUGUAUGUACAUUUUGUUUUCUUUCCUUUGCAAACAUGUGACAUGCACACUGUGUAAGUGUGAAAUGCUCAGGCUUGGACGACUUGGAGUCUUAUGGGGGGAAAUAAACAAGAUGGGAACUGCCUUGACCAAUCAGGAUCAGUCUGCUCCCUCUAACUCCCCUGAGUCCUCAGAUCCUGGCCAAUCAGGACCAUACAAACUGAAAUUAAAGGGUGUUUGUGACCUUUCAUUUCUAUGGAAUAGGUGCCUCACUUGCAAGAGAAUGUCAGGAUAUGUGGAGUUGUUGCAUUUGUUUAUAGAACAGCCACAAUUCAAAUGAAACAAAAGCAAACAAAUGAACAUGGAUUUAGACCAAACGGUGAAUGUUUAAAGCUGUUUGGGGAAACAAAAAUGGCCAAAAGCAUAUUUUCUAAUGUUUUCGUGCGUAGGCUACAUGCUUCUUUUGAUGUGAAUGGGCUGAUAAGCAGACAGAUUGAAGUAGGGAGGGGGGCAUUAGUACGGCAGCAGCAUGCCAACAGGAAAAAAGGCAGGCUAAAACUAGCACUGCCCUAUCUCUGGCAAAAGGUCAAGUGGAGAGGAUGCUGACAUUUAGCAGACAUUAGAAACACUAAUAAAAAACCAUGUCAUAAUUGGCACUAUGAUAUUAUUUUUCCCUCUGCUGUGUUCUUCCAAAUAAUAUAGGUCACACAACACAUUUUUUGAACCAAAAUGUCUAAAAAGGUUAGACAAUCCUGGAUUAAAAAAUAAAAUAAAAACACAGUUUGCUGAACAACAUGCAUAGGCACUAGUAUCCUCAGUAACUCUGGGCAGGUGUUUAAACCUUAAUAUCUUUUUUUUAUUGGCCGUUGAGCUCCCACUGAGAGUGGUUAUUCCAGAUUGUGACAAAAUGUUGCUUCAAUAAGCAUUUACCAUAGUGCAAAAACGCUUCACACCAACUGUUCUUCAGCCCGCGAGGUAUAUAGUCUGAACUGCUGCUCCUGACAGUAUGACAGCAGAUCACAUUUAAUGCAGUUCUUUUUUGUUCUCCUCCCUCAGUUUUGUGUACGUUAAUACAGGGUGUCAGCAUAAUGUCAUUACACAUCCUUACGCCUGCUUCUUGCGCAGUCUGUUUUUGCCUUCCAGCGGUUCCACCACGCUUCGCUAAGGACAAAACAAAACAGCCAUGUCGCUA